AUGGGAAAGCACACAAUCGCUGUUUUUCCAGCCACGGGAGGAAUAGGGGGAAGCACUGUCAAGCAUCUUCUACCGCGCUUCCUGUCGAAAGACCUUGUCUUCAUCGCUCGACACCCCGAGAAACUCAACUAUUUCGUUCCCAAGGCUGUAACACUCCGCCGGGCGGAUUAUGAUGAUGAUGAUAGCCUACGACAUGCAUUUGACGGACUAGAUACACUCUUUCUGAUUUCAUACGCGUCGGUCGAGCAUGAACACAGAUCCGAGCGUCAUCGAUUUGCAAUUGACUCAGCGAUUCGAAGUGGAGUCAAGUAUAUCUUCUAUGGCUCCUUGGGCUACGGCGGUAAUCCAGAGAAUAAUGAGUCCGUGGCGCAUGUCAUGCAGGCUCAUUUGGACACGGAGAAGUAUCUCGAGGAAUGCACCCGUCAGCACCCAGAUUUCGCUUACACGAUCAUUCGCGAAGGUCUCUACGCUGAGUCCUACCCCCUCUAUACGGCUUUCUUCAAUCUGGAGCAUCCUGUUGAUGAAAUUCGUAUCCCACACGACGGUUCAGGGCCUGGCAUCGCGUGGGUUAAGCGCGAGGAGCUGGGUGAGGGUACCGCCGAGCUUUUGAAGAGAUUCGCGCAUGAUCCGGCUGGAUUCAAGUACCGGAACCAGAAGGUCUUGCUCUCUGGACCUAAGGCAUACAACUUGGGAGAGACUGUUGACAUCCUGGCAAAGGUUACCAAGCGGCCUAUUAAGAUCCGCCCAGUCUCCGCCGAUGAAUUCGCGAAACUACCUCAGGUUGUACCCAACUUUACCUAUCACGGGGUUGAUCACUCCAAGUUGUGGACUACCACUUUCGAAGCGUUUCGUCGAGGUGAAGGGUCAUAUGUGUCGCCACUGCUCAGAGAUCUUUUGGGACGGAGUCCGGAAGACUUUGAGACCACAAUCAACUCCAGCUCGUAA